UUUCUCUCUUCGAGAAUGGGGCUCGGAGAGAUAUAGCAGGCUAGUUCUGGGAUCUCGAGACUUCUAGGUUGCUGUUUUAGUUGUUCAAACGAAAGAAAAGCCUCCAAUGUCAUCUGUCGAGACUCCCGCCAGUCUACUACUAAGUUCGUUGUCCAUACCGCUCCUUAUUGCGGGCCUGCUGGUGAUGGGCUUGUUCUCUUGGAUCCGCCCUAAUGGCCGGAUCGCAUACUAUCAUGCGAAAGAUAACAAUCUCCUGCUAGCCAAGAAAUCCGGGAAGUCAGGGUCCAAGGGGCAAGUGACGCUGGUGGAUCUCUGUCACACUGCGACCCCGGAAACAUGCCAGCUGAAUCCUUUCCUCUUCAACGGCCAUCUCCAGACCGCCUGGACAACUGUGGUCUUUGAUAAUGUUCCGGUAUACUACAAGCGUUGGAUGUUUGAAGCCGACAACCCGGUGUUCACUGGACAUUUUGCGAUAGAUUUUGUGGUAGAUCCAUACGAGCCGUCUAGCGACGCCCACGCGACAGAUAGCCAGAGGAAAUAUACCCAGCCAUCAGGGCUUCCCGAGCGGACCUCAUUCUUUUCGGAGGACGAAUAUGCUGCGCUUCCCUCGGAUGAUACGAAGCCUAUGCUCGUGGUCCUCCAUGGCCUGAGCGGUGGGUCACAUGAACUCUACCUGCGCCAUGUGAUUGCGCCCCUUAUCAAGGAUCAGACCUGGGAGGCUUGCGUCGUCAACUCCAGAGGAUGUUCAAGAACUAAGAUUACAACCGGGGUGCUUUACAAUGCCCGCGCUACGUGGGAUAUUCGUCAAGCUGUCAAGUGGCUGCGGAAGACAUUUCCUAAUCGCCCUCUCUUCGGAAUUGGCUUCUCGCUCGGCGCGAAUAUUAUGGCUAACUACUUGGGCGAGGAAGGUGAUGCCUGCGAGUUAACGGCAGCAGUCCUCUGUGCUAGCCCUUGGAACCUGGAGAUUGGCUCGAUGAACUUGCAAAGCACCUUCGCCGGUCGCCAGUAUAGUAAAGUGAUGGGUACGAGCAUGAGGGCAUUGUUCGAACAGCAUGUUGAACAGGUUUCCAAGAACCCCCGAAUAGAUGUUGAUGCAAUCAGGAAUAUCACUUACUUGCACGAAUUUGAUCGAGCUUUGCAAUGUGCCACAUGGGGCUACCCAACUGAGGGUAGCUAUUAUCGCGAUGCUACUUCCACCGAUGCUAUGCUCAACAUCAAGAUUCCCUUUUUCGUCAUCCAGGCUGAAGACGACCCGAUUGCCACUGCUAAAGCAUUGCCAUUCCAGGAGAUAACUAAAACCCCGUACGGUGUGAUGAUGACCACCUCCUGGGGUGGCCACCUUGGUUGGUUUGAAUUUGGUGGUGGUAGGUGGUUUGUAAAGCCGGUGCUGAAUUUUCUGAACCUUAUGACGAAGGAGGUUGACCUCACUAUCCCCUUCGAAGUCGAGGACCCCGAGAAUGUUCCCGGUCGAGUUGCCCACCAUUCAGGGCCAGACAAGGACCACGACACGACCCCGAAGCCGGAAUUCAACCCUACGCUACGCAGGCUUGUCAUGCAGCUCAAGCCGUAGAGUUGCGAUCGCACUACCGAUGUCCUCCUGAUAAGAGGACCGGCGCUUCAUCUGGAGAGAAGCUCAUCAUGAGUGUCAUGCACGCCAUUGUUUUCGAAGACAUAGACCAGUAUAAACGCCAGAGACCCAUCUAACUACAUAGACCCGGUAUAGACAGAAUUACUUUUGUACAUAAAAUCUCAAGCAAACGCAACGCUUUUCUUCUUUCCCUUCGGUUUGGACGACUCCUUGGACGGGGCAUCGCUUGUUUGGCUCGAGUCGCCCUUGUGCUUGCGUUUUUGACGGAUUGACUGUUUUACCUCGUCCUGUU